AUGGGCCGCUCCCCCAUAUUGGGCCGCUCUCCCGCGCUCUCUCUGGCCCUGGUCGCCCUCUCCUCGGCGAGCGGCUCGGACGACUGGUACCGCGGCGCCACGCACAUCGACGAGCUGCGCGAGGCAUCCGACCGGCUGCAGGAGGGCACGCUCGACGAGCACGCGUUCCAGACGUUUGUGCGGCAGGCGGAGCGGGCGCCGGACGACUGGCGCGGCCACGCGAUGCUGGGCCAGGCGCAAACCAGCCGCGGGUCGCACCAGGCCGCGGUCGCCUCUCUCAAGCGGGCGCGCAAGCUCGCGCCGGACGUUGCGACGGCGCUGGCGACGGCGCACGACGCUCUCGCCGCGGCGCUGCUCGACGCUCCGACGGCCGCCAACCUCACGCUCGUCAACCUCACAAAGCAGCAGCGGAGGCGGGCGGCGAGGCGGCCGCGCGAGGCGGUGUCCUUGCGCGAGGCGAUUGCCCUCCGGUCUCACGCCGAGGGGACGGGCGCCGGCGCCGGCGCCGACGUUGCGGCCGCCGCCACAUCGCACCACCGUCUGUCUCGGCUGCUGGUGAUGUCGGAGGCGGACCGGGAGGCGGCGGUGCACGCGAUGCACCGGCAGAUGGAGGAGAAGCGCGAGGAGGAAGAGGAGGACGAGGCGGUGCGCGCAGAGGAGGCGGCGGAGGAGGCCGCGAGGCGACGAGCGAAGCAAGAGCUGCGGUAG